GUGGAGUGGUGUGACGCCAACUAUGGUCUAUGUGUCUCUUCCGCCCCAUUCAUCAUGUAGAAAGCCCUACAGAAGCAUCCAAGGAGAGGUGGGACCCCCAAGGGAAACGUUGGUCAUUCUUGGUGGGUAGGAGGCAGUCGGGCUCUUCUUAGCUGCUGAGGAGAAAUUAGAAUCUGGUUUUGCUUCGUAUGGUGAGAAGCUAACCGUUAGUUUUCUUCUUCUACCAUGGUUCUACCAUAGAGAGACACUCAAGGGAGAGAGAGGGAGACAUAGAGACUAGAGGCGCAUUGUGAAGCGCCAUUUCUUUGCUUCUUGUGCCCAGAAAAGUCUGAGGAUCUUCGGUCUCUGUUCAGUUUUGUCAGUCUUUCUUUCCUUUACGAGGAUGUGGACGGAGGGGCACUGUGGCCUGAAGUUUUGUCAAGAAUAAUGCAUGGUGCCUUAUGAAGCAAGAGUUUGACGGUUUUUUCUGAUUUUCCCGUCUUGUAAAGAGAGGAGAGCAAAAGGAGGGCUUAGAUUCUAGGGUUGUGGGUUCUGGCUGCUUUGGAUUCCAGAGCUUGGAUUGUCUUCUGUCUCGUUUAGGGAGGAAAGAAAAAACAGUUAUCGGGGUUAGUGGACCUUAGAAAUUUUUAAGGCUGUAAGAAAUAGAGUUUUCUUUUUUAUCUUGGCUUUCGGCACUUGCAGAUGCUGUUCUGGUCGGGUGUUCGUGUUUUUGGGAUUCCAGGUGAAAAAGCGGGUCCUCCGUAGAUGCGAGGUGGUCCUUCAGUUCAGCAAACCAAGUUUCUAUUGCAGUAUCUUGUUCCAUGGACCCGGAAAGCUGCAGCUCCUUGAGGUGUGGGAAACACCCAUCACAGACAUUUACUGGCUUUUGCGCGCACUGCCUGGUUGAGAGGUUAUCAGCUGUUGAUCCAGGUCAAAGAAAGGCUCCUUCUUGUCCUGAAGGUGGGCCAUCUGUGAAUUGCGAAGAUGGAAUCGGUGCUUCCGCUAACGUUCCUGGUGCUUCCGCUAAAGUUCCUGAAACGGAGGUAACUGCUGUAGAGAAAGUAGUAAAUUGCUCAUCUGUCCUGCCUGGUAUUGAAAGUGAAUCGUGUAAGGUUAGAGUAAGACAAACUUUGCGGUCUCUCUUUUAUUCUGACAAUGAAGGUGCUAAUGAAGAUAAUGCUACAAGAAGAAGAACUAAAGUGAGACCUUUGAUUGGUAAAAGAGAUACUUCUCUUGUUGGUAUUCGCUUCCAUGAUGAUAUAUGUGUUGGAUUUCGUCCAAACACAAAUGGGUCGGCGGAAAAUCAGUUGAACGAAUGUUUGUCCUCGAAAGCGAGCGGCAAGAAGUUUAUUGGUAUAGCUGAAACAACAAAUAGCGGAUGGGAUUUUGGAAGCAAUUCAGAAGCCCGGUCAAGUUCUGCAGGAAAAACUAUGGCGGAUAUGCAAUUAGAUGAGACUGGUAACGGCGGGGAGAGAAUUUAUUUCGUCUCGGAAAGCAGGGGUCCCAAAUCUGUUGCUAAUAAAUAUACUCAGCUUGAGGCUGUGAUGGAUGACAAUGGAGGGAGUUUUCCUGCUGGUGAUAUUGGUCAUGGAAGCACGUUUGGUGAUUGCAAGGACGAUCAAAACUUUAAGAAAAGGCCACCCGUGCUGCUAGGGCAAGGAUUCGUGAAGAAAAUUCUGAGAUGGAACAUGAAAACCUCGCAGAAGAAAGCAUCCAUGGCUGAGGCAGAUUUAGGUGUUGGGUUUCAUGACUUGCAGCUACAAAGAAUCGCUGAUAACGGCACCCCCUGCUGUAGAAGGGAGUCUAUUGAUUCAAAUGAGACAUGUUCUUGGGACGGGCUGUUGAUUGGCAAAGCACUUACUCGUUCUUUAUCAGUCAAAGAAGAAGCAAAUGCUGGAUCCGUGAAACCUGUUGAGGGGCAUAAGGAAAUGCUUCGUCAACCUGGUUCUCUGGAGAACGGAGACUGCUAUUCCGAGUCUGUUCCACACAUAAGAAGAAUGACAAAGAAGGUUGGCUCAGUCGACUUUGAGUGGUCACCUGAUAUGAAGGACAUGAACAAGAUAAUUCCUGCAGUAGUGGAGGAUGAUAACAAAUUAACAUCCGAUAUAGGAUAUGUUGGGGAUUCUGGGAGGGAGAGAUUUUGUGGAAACUUGUUAGAAGAUUGGAGCUGUAGGGGAAAGUUCCAUGGGUGCGGUAAAAUCUGGAGUCGGGUUAUUGCCAGCCCUUUCUGGGGCUUUGUUCAGAAGAGUGAGAAUGUCCUCGAUCGCUCUCUUUCAGAAUGUUGGCAUGAAUCUCGAAGGGAAAGGAACAGAGACGCUGCAGAAUUUUUCAACAGGGUGGGGUUUCACAGGAACAGCAGUGUGAGCUUAAGGAGCAUUGAUAAGUCUCAGGAGCAGCACCGAGAGACUUCAUGCAGCAGUUUGAGCACCAUCAAUGCAGAUCUCCAUGGUUUUCAUUCUGUUUGGAACAAGAAGAAAAGCUAUGGUGUGCUUGGUCAUAGCCGAAGCAUCCACUAUUCUUCUCCCAGUAACCUAGACAAUGGGCUUCUUCGCUUUUACUUGACACCAAUGAGGUACAAUAGAAGGUUGACAAACAGGAAGUCAAGAAGGAAUCUACGCCAUCUUUGGUAGGUGGAUAUUGCCCAUGUGUUGAGCCUUUGCUAGAGGUGGAGUUCUCUCGUUUCGUAAAAGAAUACAUGGAUGGCUUUGAUAUAGCAAUAGAACCAUCAUCCUGUUCUUCUUACUGACUUUUAUAUAUGAUCUUGGAGAUAGAUAAAGAUGUACCUAGGUGCUUGCCUUGCCGGUACUUUGCGAUGUUCAUGUAACAUAGAUUAGCAUCCAAAUGAUUUUACUAGUUUAUCAUGUUAAUAGCUUCUGAGGUAUGACAUGUAUACCUUCCUGAAGCCUUCUGAAUGUUUGGAUUAUCAUUUAAUAAACAAUAAUGGAGAAGCAACCAUGAUUUAGCCCA